UUUUCACGAAUCCCUUGCAAAAUGUGUACUAUCCUUACAUGUACUUGGGGAUUGAGCGUGCCCUACUAGCAUACUGUUGCUGGUGGCGAGGACGAUCGACAUGUAAAGCUUCUACUCUAGUUGUUUAAUAGUGAGCUUAUGCUCUUGCAUCCAGCCUGUUCCGACGGUAUCUGAAUGACGUUGCCAUGUUGCUUGCUCAUAAAUGUGUUGCCUUUUACGAUCAGAAUACAUACACAUCUCUGUAGCUCGGGGCUAAGUGCACGCAUACUGUUGGUACGCAACGAGUCCCGCAGUCACGGCAUUUCGCAUUUUCCUAUCUAAAUCUGAAAAAUUGUCGCUAUCGCUAUCCUCGCGACCGCCAGGAUCAGCGAGGCUUACAGCCCCUCUCGCCAUGUCUUCGCCAACAUCCACGGGUGCUCGAAGCAUGCCUGUUUCCAUACAGCCUCUUGAGGUAUCCGACAUACCAGAUUGUGCCAGGCUCUCUGCUGCAGCGUUUGCCAGGGAUCCGCACACGCUUGUGAAACAGCUAGGCCAGCAGCCAUUCGACAUGUUCGACAUAACACGCUCGGGUCUAGAGGAGAACCUCAAGAGGGAUAAUUUUUUGUGCGUGAAGGCGGUAGACAACCAAGGCAUCAUCGUCGGGCAUGCGAACUGGGUGUUCUCGGGCGGGGGCCAAAAGCGCGCUUCAUCAAGGGGCACUGGAUCAAGAGGCAUUGGAGAUAGUGAGUCGGCAGUAGCGGGGGAAGAAGACAACAAGGCAACAGAACUAGGCAAGCCGCAAGCACCCGCGAACGCGGCGGAAGACGUGAGAGAUCCCAUCGAGCGGCUUCACGCACUCGAGGACGCAGACAUGCAAUACUGGCUGCAGAACAUAGUCCCCGCGGACACGCCGUGCAUAUUGGUCGUCGGGCUCGCGGUGUCACCAAGCCACGAGAGGCGGGGCAUCGGGACAGCGCUGUUAAGCCACGGCAACACCAUCGCCGAUGAGAGGGGCUUGUCAAUUUGGGUGCACUCGUCGCAUCAGGCGUAUAAUGCGUACAUCAAGGCAGGUUUCGAGACGCGGCGCGAGCUCCGGAUUGAACUCGACGAUUAUGCGCCGCGGCCGCCGCGCGAUGGCGAACUGACCAUGGCGGCAUUGGCGGGCCGGGAUGAAGACGGCCGGUGGGGGCGGUAUGUGAUAAGGUAUAUGGAGAGAAAGACGGGCGGGAACCGAGGGAAUUGAUGUGGUGGAAGUUAUUGUUGUUGCGUUAUCAUUUCGAUAAUAUACGAUACUACGCCGACCGUACGUCAAUAGUCCACUAUGGCCACCUUUCAGGCGUAUCUAAGCGUGGUAGUAUUUCCAGAAAUGGAACUCCUGUCGACUUACUCUCCAGGCUGGUUAGACCUGCAUUAUAGGCAGAUAUGAGAAUACAUAUCUAUCUAUGUACUUACGACUAAGCUCCUAUUAGUCUAUUGAAGCUGUUUUGGUUCUAGAAAGAAUAUGGAAUAAUAGUGUUAGCAUAAUGGACUGUGUGGUUUCAACUAAGAUUAGGAAGUACUCCUGUCUAAUAGCAUCUUUUGAAAGC